AUGAGAUCUGCUAAACGCGCAGUACAGUACCAGGAAGAAGAAGAGGAGAUCCAAGAAGGAUACGAAGAAGAAGAUGAAGCAGACCAGCAAAUGGAUGAGGACAAUUUGGAUGAUAAAGAUGCAAUUAUUGCUCGCCAAAAGAAGAUGAUCCAAGAAAUGAGAAAAAACUUUGUAACUACCAUUGAUUCAAUGAGAUCUCAAUUAAAUGAAUUAAUUGAUAGCUCUACACAAAUUCAAACCGAAAUGUUACAAAGAAUUAAAGAAUUAAAAGCAGAAUUAGAACAACUUAGAAAACCAAAACCAGUUAAGAAAGAAAGCCAACAAUCAUACGUUCCAAAGGGAAUUUCUCGCAAUGUUAGACAAUCUGAAGUAAGAUCAUCACUUUAUGAUGACGGACCCAAACAUCCAAGAAAGUUAGCAUCACAAUCUAGUGCAAAUACUGGCCGCAGUGGUGUUCGUGGCUCUGGAAAUUAUUAG